UCACGGAAAAGCGCCCGACGUCAUUCUUUUUUCAAUUAAAACGUAGUGUAGCCUACCUCGCGUUUUACAAGCGUCAAGCUGCCUCCUGUCUGACCGCGCCCUAAAGUGCAUCCUCUGAAUGGCAACUGCCAAGUCAAGUUAUAUUCACAUUGAAAUGAACUCAGUCCAGCAUGUCGUGCUUUCUGUCUCACAGGGCUAUCCAGGUGGUGGACCUCAGCACCACACCCCUCCCGGGGCACCUUAUGGGGCCAGCGCUCCACCUGGGGGUCCCGCUGGGGGGUACGGGGGCGCACCAGCCCAGCAUGGUGGGCACUACGGAGGAGGGGCAGCCCCGGGAGCGCCCUACGGUGCCUACGGAGCUCCGCGUGGACAGUACGGCCCAGGGGGCGGAGGAGCCCCAGGAGCGCCGUAUGGAGGCGGUCAGGCACCGGGAGCGCCGUACGGGGGAGGAUACGGACAGCCUCACGGGGGACCCUACGGACAGCAGGCACCAGCAGGUGGGGGCAACGUGCCCCCAGGAGUGCACCCAGAGGCACACCAGUGGUUCAGCACGGUGGACACGGACCACAGCGGCUACAUCAACCAGAAGGAGCUCAAGCAGGCCCUGCUCAACUCCAACAGUACGCCCUUCAACGACGAGACCUGCAUGAUGAUGUUCAACAUGUUUGACCGAAGCAGGUCGGGGAGGAUGGACCUGAUGGGUUUCUCUGCGCUGUGGACAUACCUGCAACAGUGGAAGGGACUCUUCCAGCAGUUUGACCGCGACCGCUCCGGGAGUAUUAACAGCAACGAGAUGCAUCAGGCCUUAGCGCAGAUGGGGUAUAACCUGAGUCCGCAGUUCAUCCAGAAGCUAGUUGGCCGCUACUCCCCGCGCGGACAGGGCACGAUGUACCUGGACCGCUUCAUCCAGGUGUGCUCGCAGCUGCAGACCAUGACCCUGGGCUUCCGCGAGAAGGACACGGGCAUGACGGGCAACGUGCGUCUGAGCUACGAAGACUUCCUGGGCGGCGCCAUCACGCGCCUCAUGUAGCAUCAUCAUCCACAAGAUGGCCGCCAGCAGCAGACUCAGCAGGAGGCUGAUAGACCCCCCAUGAUGGUAAACUGACUCCACAGCGCCCCCUACCAUACCCUGGCACAGAUACGCUCGCGCCGGACUGGAACUGGGUCUGUCCGAGAGUCAGCGUCCGUCUACGGACUCCUUCAGGACCAGCUAGCUCGCUGACAACCACGAACCAGUUUAUGACUAAAUUAUCUACAACAAGGCCAAAGUAAUUCACCCCCAUUUCACCAUUCCACACCCCCAGCUUUUAUACUCAGGGCCAAGAUCACGAUGAAUUGUGCUGCGGGAAUUGCCUUCCAGCAUCUGGUCCAAUGCCUUAUCUCUUCCCUUUCUCCUCUCUUAAUCAUGUGUUCUAUUACCACUACACUCCACGGGGUAUAAUCAGUCAUCUCAGCUCAGUAAUGUGUGGGUACUAACCUUUCAGUACCUGACAGCCAUGCACCAUCAUUUAGGAUGGGACUAUAUACUAGUUUGUUGUGUGCCAUUUCAUUACAAAAGAAAAAAAAACACAGGAGUAAAUGUGUUAGCCAUAUGUCUAAGCUGAUAAAAGAUGAAUUGUUGUUUACAUUUUUGUUUUUGCUUCACCAUUUAUUGCAUUAGUCAGUUCAGAUAAAUAGCAGAGCAGUUAAUAUCAUGUCAGGUAACAUCUGAUAACACUGACGAUCUGUGCCACAAAUGCUUAUAAUACGCAGAUAUAAUCAGCCAUAGCACUCAUGUUUGCUAAUGUAUCCCACGUUCUAUGAAAGCACAGCCUCUAGAAAGGCAGUAUCACUUGAAGACCGACAAAAGUGCCAUUUUCCCUGAUCUACUCUCCUGUGCCUCUAUGUCCAGCCAUUAACACAGAAUAUUUAAUGAAGUAUAUAGCCAGAGCAUAAUGCACUGAAGUUCUUCAGUCACUUUUUCUGUUGUGUGGAGAAAGCCAGUUUCAGUUUGUUGUUCACCAGUUUGUUUGGGCUGUAUCUUUUAAUGUAGGUUUUUUAUGUUGUAGUUUUAUGAAGUAGGAAGCACCCCCUGUGCGUAGCCUUCUUGCAGUAUUUAAACAUAAUUCAUAAAACUGGUCACAAUAUUGAAAUGGCUAAACAUAUCUAUGGGAUGUGGGGGGUGUUUCUUAACUGGUACAAUGACAAAAGGUGACUAUCCAUGUGAGUGAAAGGUUGGCUGUUGAAUUCUGACAUUUGGGGCCAAAUAUCUGGUGAAACUUUUCAUUAAAAAAAAAAAUGCAAUCAAAUGUACUUAUUAUGGAACGAUGUACUUCAUUACAAACCUUGUAUCUGUGUGCUAUUUUGCUGAAAAAUAAAUGAUGGCUUACUUUGACAA